ACGUAAGCAAGCAGUCUAUAAAUAAUUUGUGUUACGUUAGGUAAUAUAGUGACUAAAAUGUUGUCUCCUAUUUUUUAUGUGACAUUAUUGUUUUGGUCUUUACACCAGGUUCAUUUACAUUCAAUACCUCUUUCACAUUUAAUUGAAAAUACUUCACUACAGUCGACUAUUAAUAGUUCAACUGUGUUCGAAAAUACUCCUGAACAAUCAGCCAAGUUUAAUUACAAAUUAGAGCAAUUAUUUAAUGAUGACGAUCUCAAUGGAUUACCACACAAGAAAGUUAUAAUUGAAGCUCAGAUCAAUGGUAAAAUGUUUGUGAUAAACAAUGAAAAUUCCACAGAAUGGAAUUUGAUUAAUCAAUUAAUGAAUAUUGAGAUUCACAAACGUCGAGAUCAUGUAGUGUUUGAUCAAACGAGAAUAUCUAAUGAUUCUUCAACUGACAUUAUUCAACUCAGAGACAUCAUUGCAGAACCAUGAACAUCAAGUGUUUAAUGAAAAAAAAAAAAAAUACUGAAUUAAAUAUUAGGAAGAAUAAUUAUAUGAUUAAUAAGUGUAUAAAAUCAUUCGACAGUACUAAUUAUUAUUACUCAAUAGUUUAAAGGAGAAAAAAAGAAUUAAAGUCAGAGAGUGAAAUUUAAAAAACGUCUAUUUACUAGGAAACUUUCUUUUGUUAAUUUUCAGUAUAGUCACGAAAAAAUUCGACACAUCUGGUGUGACUAGAAAAAUUCAUUACCAAAAAGCUUGCAAAAACUUACAAAGACACCUGCUUCGUACGCACGUAUCUUCGUUCACGCUUUAUUACUACCUGCCGAUUGAGUUAUGGUCAGUUUAAAAAUGGACACCUGAAUUUAGUAGACAACUAUUCGUCGAUUAGAUAUGGUCACUCGAAGGUUGACAAAACAACAAGUACUUUCGAUUGGUCAUAUUAUUUUUUAAACCACUAGUUUGCUUUCAUUUUUAUAAAAUUAAAAGUAGUACAAUUUUGUUACAUAAAAUGGGUUUAGGUCAAUAUUGAACUAAUUUUUUGAUCAAAUUUGUCUGAAAUUAAUAUCUUCAGUGAUUUCCGAAAUAUUAUUAACGAAAAAAA